GUGUGGACUCGAAGAAAAACAUAGCGUGAGGGAUAAUGUUUAUUGCGAUCCUAUGGUGUCAGCCCCGAAAUGUCUCCCUGAUGUGGACGUUGGUGCAAGAUGGUUAGAGAGACUAGGCACCUUUGGGUCGGAAAUUUACCACAUACCAUCCGCGAGGAGCGUAUUCUGGAUCACUUUAAACGGUAUGGUAAAGUACAGAGCGUAAAAAUUCUUCCCAAGAAAGAAGACGAGAGCGGAGGUUCCUGUGCAACGGUCGCCUUUAUCGACAUCAAGUCGGCGGCUAAGGCACACAAUGCGGAUAAUAAAAUCGACGACCGGACCCUAAAAACGGACUAUUACGAACCACCGGCGUCGAGUACGGCCUCCAGCGCCAUCUAUAUACACGAGAGGGAUGACGCCCUGGUGCGGCCAGCGGCCGCACCUUACGCGGCGCCCCGCACCCCAAGAUACGGGCUGUCGGAGGAGAGGAACUACGAGCGGCCGGGCCACUACUACGGGGACAGGGAGCCGUACGCCCGGCGGCCGCCCCUGGGGCUGGGCUACCACGACGAGGACGGCUACCCGGCCAGGGCCAAGUCCAGGGACAGAUAUGCCAGGACGACCCCCUCCAACACGUACGCGGAGGGAUCCGAAAGGAAUCAAAAUCACUUCAGGCCCCACAACGCGCGGCAGCACUUUGAGCCGCAACGCUACCCGGUGGGCGAACAGUACAAUGACGACAGGGACCCUGCCGCCCCCGCCCCUCGGCUGAACCGGCGGACGAACAACGCGGCGCCCUCCGUGGCUUCCGUGGCGUCCCCCACCCCCGCCAGGAGCGAGAGCCGGUCGCGGCGGACCAAGCGGCGCUCCCCCUCCCGGACGUCCUCCGGCUCCAGGUCCGACUCCCCCUCCCGGUCGAGGUCCCGGAGCUCCAGCGACAGCCGAUCGUCCAGUUCCUCUUCGAAGAUGCGCAGCUCUUCGAGCGACAGCAGCGGGAGGUCCAGGUCCCCUUCCAAGUCCAGGUCUCCAGCUGCGUCUUACGGGAGCCAGGGCACCGCGAAGGCGGGGCGGCAGGACCGGCCGUCGAGCGCCAUCGCCAACCCCUCCGGCGCCGUCUGCUACCUGCCCUCGGCCGUCAACGCCCCCUCCAACUGCGUCCCCGGCCUGCCCCCCGGGUGCCCCCUCGAGGGCAAGGACGAGAGGAGGCCGCUGGGCAUCUGCGUACGGAACCUGCCCGUUCGAUCCACAGGGUUAUUUUCUUAG